AUGCAUCUGAAAAGCCAUACUGACGAGAAGCCAUAUUUCUGUGAACUUUGCUUAAAGGCCUUUUCUGGAUCUGAAAACUUUAAAAAGCACACGAGAACCCAUACUGGCGAAAAACCGUUCUCGUGCGAAAUUUGUUCCAAGGCAUUUUCUCAACUGACGAAUCUGAAAGUCCACUUGAGAACCCAUACUGGUGAAAAGCCGUUCUCAUGCGAAAUGUGUUCUAGAGAAUUUUCUCAGCUAGCACACCUGAAAGGACACUUGAGGACCCACACUGGCGAAAAGCCCUUCUCCUGUAAAGCAUUUGCUUAUGCCUCAGACUUAAAGAAGCAUUUGAGAGUCCACGCUAUUGAAAAACCCUCUUCGUCUGACAAUUGCUCAAAGGACUCUUCUGGUACUUCAAGCUUGAAGACACAUUUGAUCCGUACUGAUAAAAGCGACUACUCGUGUGAGUGUUGUUCAAAGACAUUUUCUGACGCAUUUAAGUUGAAGACGCAUUUGAGUAUCCACAUUGGGGAUAAGCCCUUUUCGUGUGAGUGCUGUUCGAAGACAUUCGCUUACGCUUCAAAGUUGAAACAACAUAUGAGGGCCCAUACUGGUGAGAAGCCAUACUCUUGCCAAUGUUGUUCAAAGCAGUUUUCCAUGGGCUGGGACUUGAAAAGACAUUUGAGAACUCAUACUGGCGAAAAGCCCCAUUCGUGCGACUAUUGCUCAAAGGCGUUUUCUACGGCCUCCAGUUUAACGACACACUUGAGGGCCCAUUCUGGUGAAAAGCCAUAUGCCUGUAAAUAUUGCUCGAAGGUAUUCUCUGCGAGUUCGAUUUUGAGAAAGCAUUUGAGAGUUCAUACAGGUGAAAAGCCCUAUUCGUGUAAACAUUGCUCGAAGGCAUUUUCGAGAGGUUAUAGCUUGAAGAUGCAUUUGAGGGUCCAUACAGGCAAAAAGCCCGAUUUACGACAGUAAUGUGUAAAAGGGUUUUCUGACAAAUGAAGCAUGGCUAAUCAUAUAAGAGGCUAAGCUGGUGUAGAAAGUGUUCAGGAUUUAAGUAUGAUGAUAGCAAAUGUCGUUCGAAGGCAUUUUCGAGAGGUUAUAGCUUGAAGAUGCAUCUGAGGGUCCACACAGGCAAA